AUGAUAACUGCCGAUUAUUUCAGAUCACCUUUCGGUUCCAUUACCGAAGGAUAUAUUCAUCGAAGUCACCGUAAGUUAUGCGCAAUGUCUGUUCCAUUUGCAAGGGUGUGAGUGAUACUGACAGCAUAUCAAUGCCAGAAAAUCCAAUAACGGGUGCCCUCAGAAAUAACUUAAAAAACUUUAGUGUAAACAGACACUUCAAGAGUAGAGGUUGGGUAAGAGUUAUGUGAGUCUCCCGGAAUAUUCGAGUUAGCGUUUUUGACUGACUUGGUAUCUCGACUUAUAGUGAAUGCAGAGGCAUAACAACUGUAUAUCAAAACACACGUGACACUUCUUCCUCACCAGUAAUUAUUUACCCACCCAUAGCUGAAGUAGACUGCAAUGGAUAUUGCAAUCAAAAAAGCUCUUUGUUCGAGCUACACGUUAGUUGUGAGGAACACCCAUUGAGCUGGAUAUUUAAAGAUAAUUUCCAAGUGACAUUCUACGAGAUCAUUGAACCGGCUCCUGAGCACGAAUGUUGGGACACAGGCACUCUAUUCUCUAGAUCCAACACUGACACUAAAGUGAGCUUUAGAAAAGUCUGUGUUACGGUAGGAUGUUGACCCCGUUAUUUUGAGACAUCAACUGAUUCCGACAGCUUGGGUGUAUCGUCCAGAAAAUAACAACUUGAAGGAACCUAAGGAGCAUUCGUUCUGGACCAUUCUUGUAUGCACGCCCUCGAAUCACCGAAAAGACUUGCGAAAAUUGGUUCACGAUAGAGAGGAUCUUCUAUACUCCUCACACCUUCAGAGUUCUGGUAAGCCUGUACAGGUUUUUUAUGAACAGGCCUUACUAGCCAUCCUUAAAGUACAACUGACCAGGAUCCUUGAAAAGUGGAAUGAACUUUUGGCACAUCUGAACGCUCUUCUGGCUGCCAGAGGUCAAGCAACAUUCAUGAAUCCAGAUUCAUAUGUCCACCUACUUUACGACGAAUCAAACUUUUCGAGAUCUAAAUUCUACUUUUGGGCUAUCGGGUGUCUUAGUAGCUUUGAAGAGAAUAUUGUGAUCACUGCUAGGCAUCCCAAAAGCGUACGCAGAAAACUCGUGAACGAGGUCUGCAGAAAGCUAGAGCUGGGACAAGUAUCCUAUGGACAUACCGAGCACAUCAAGAUGCUAGACGCAGAGCUCGAGCCUCUCUGCAAGCAAUUGGAGGAUAUCGGAGAGCAGUUUGGAAAGCGCCUCGAAACUGUUCGGGCACUUCGUGAUGGGGUGAGCACCAUAAAAUCCAUAUUUCGAACAGAAUAUUAA